AUGCUACGCCCCGCCCUUGUCCGCCGCGCCGCCCGCGGCCCGCUCCUGCAGCAGACCUCUCGCGCCAUGUCCAUGACGCUCGCCGAGAAGCAGCAGCAGCGUGAGCUCGAUGCUGCCAAGCUUGACGAUGUGCUCAUCGUCGGCGGCGGCAUUGUCGGCUCGGCGCUGGCGUGCAGCCUCAAGUCCAACCCGCUCUUCAAGGGCAAGAAGGUGUCGAUCAUUGAGACGCAGCCGCCGCGCAAGGUCGAGUCGGAGGACCUCGGCCUUCCGGACCUCCGCGUCUACUCGAUCACGCCGGCCUCGAAGAAGCUCCUCGAAGCCGCUGGCGUCUGGUCCAAGAUGAGCGAGAAGCACAUGGCUCCGUUCCAGGACAUGCAGGUCUGGGACGCGAUGGGCGAUGGCUUUGUGCGCUUUGACGCUGCCAAGGCCGGCGUCAAGGACCAGAACUUGGGGUACAUCAUCGAGCACGGCGUCUUGCAGCGUGCGCUCAUGGCGCGCAUGGAAGAGCUCGCGGCGCAGGAUGGCGACGAGCAGCCGCUUCGCAUCCACAGCCCUGCUGUUGUGCGCAACUUCCUCAAGGGCAACGAAGUCUGCCGCUACAGCACGGUGCACCUUGAAGGCGGCGAGGAGCUUCGCGGCCGCUUGGUUGUCGCCGCCGACGGCGGCCAGUCGCUCGACAUGGCCGACGAGCUCAUGGCGAUGAACGCGGAAGAAUUCCAGGCCGCGCUCAACGACGCGCUCUUCCGCCCGUCGGCGCCGCCGGCGAUCCCGGACGUGCCCGUGCUCAAGGACCUCCUCACGGGCCUCCACAACGCCGCGCAGACCGUCAUGGCCGCCGGCGCCAUGUCGGACCCGUUUGUGGCGCCGCCGCGCGUCACCGAAGUCGUCGGCAAGCGCUUCUCGUUCCCGCUCAAGCUGCAGCACGCGACCCGGUACACGCGGGACUGCGUCGCGCUCGUCGGCGACUCGGCCCACAGCAUGCACCCGCUCGCGGGCCAGGGCCUCAACAUGGGCCUCGCCGACGUUGCGUCGCUGAGCAACCUCCUCGCCGAGGGCGUCAAGACGGGCACCAACAUCUCGGCGCCGACGUUCCUCCAGCACUACGAGAACGACCGCAAGGCCGCCAACGUGAGCAUGUCGCUGGCCAUGGACGGCUUCAAGCGCCUCUUUGGUCCGACGCCGGACGCGGUCGGCGCCGCGCGCAACCUCGGCAUGGGUGCACUCAACGCCAUCGAGCCUGUCAAGACGCAGAUCAUCCGCUACGCGAUGGGCUUGAACCCUAGUGUCAUCAUUUUCAACCCGCACCCUGGUUGUUGUCGUUGA